AUGGGUGCUAUUGAUUAUGAAUCUCGUUGCUCUCCAAAUUAUGAUGACGGUAAUUCAAUUUCACAAUCAUCUGAACACUCAUCAACAUCACAUUCCUCUAAAUUACGAACAACAUCAUCAUCUAUUUCGUCAAUAAAUUCUUUAUCGUCAGUAACACGUCUAAAAGCGACAAAAUCAUUUUUAAUAUCAGACAUAUUGAGUCCAAAUUUUGGUCCCAGUGAACAUUGUCAUAAAUCCUUUAAUCCAAGAACAAUCACAUCAUCAACACCACAUCCAAUAUCAAAUAAAACUUCUAAUACAAAUCAAAAAACAUCGUCAAAAUUUUCUUCAUCAUCCACGUCGCCGUCAGCAGCCAAUUUAUGGCCAGCAUGGGUCUACUGUACAAGAUACUCUGAUCGUCCAUCGGCUGGCAAGUGUCCUCGUGCUCGAAAACCAAAACCAAAUGAAUCACUUGACUCGAAACGUCCUCGAACGGCUUUCACUAGCUCACAAUUAUGUCGUUUAAAAGAUGAAUUUGAACGUAGUAAAUAUUUAACGGGUGAACGACGUCAAAUAUUGGCAAAUGAAUUAAACUUGAAUGAAUCACAAAUAAAAAUAUGGUUUCAAAAUAAACGAGCAAAAAUUAAAAAGACAAGUGGUGUACGUAAUACAUUGGCUAUGCAAUUAAUGGCUCAAGGACUCUAUAAUCAUGCAGCAUCAUUAUCACAUAAAAAUUGUGAUGAUUUGGAUGAUGAUGUAGAUCUUGAUGAUUGCUAA